CAGCACUUUUCUCCUAAGAAGGAAAGGGAAGAAGCCGCAGACAGGCAAGACAGAUUCCGAUAUCUCGGCCACCUGCAAAUUACUUCCUCUGAUUUCUGUCUCCGGUGUCCGGGGGAGCUGUCCGAAGGGAAAGACAAUACAGGUGGGCAGGGAGAGGACAUAGGAAAAGGGGACUCUAAAGAGACAGAAAGGGAAUAAGAGGAAAGAGAGGAGGGAGAGAGAGAGAGAGAGAGAGAGAGAGAGAGAGAGAGAGAGAGAGAGAGAGAGAGAGAGAGAGAGAGAGGUGGUAGUGGGAUGAAGUUAGAGAUCUUCAUCCCUCGCACCUCCUACGAGGACAAGACGACUAGCGACCUGGAAGGCGCAAGCGGCAGCCGUGUCCAGUCAUCGCCCCUCUUGGCUACGGGCGAGGAUGAUCUGGGCUCUGAUGAGGACUGCACAGCUAACAGCCCGUCUUGCAGCAGUCUUGCAGGGGAGCUGGCGACGGACUGCAGUCACAGCAGCAGCAACAGCGGAGGAGAAGGGAACGGGGGCGGCUGCUCCAGGGAAGACCCCUCGUUGGCAGUCCCGGCUUCUGAAGGCGCUUCCACUGAGCCAGAAGGAGACUCCAUCCCCAGCAGUGGCGGCGGCAACCCCAGUGGAAGCAAUUGCGAGGGAGGGGGCGGGCGAAGCAAGCCCUACACCCGACGACCGAAGCCCCCUUACUCUUACAUCGCGCUCAUUGCCAUGGCUAUUCGCGAUUCGGCCGGGGGCCGCCUGACCCUAGCCGAAAUCAACGAGUAUCUCAUGGGCAAGUUUCCUUUUUUCCGAGGCAGCUACACUGGCUGGCGCAACUCAGUGCGGCACAACCUCUCGCUAAACGAUUGCUUCGUUAAGGUGCUGCGCGACCCCUCCCGCCCCUGGGGCAAGGACAACUACUGGAUGCUCAACCCUAACAGCGAGUACACCUUCGCUGACGGGGUCUUCCGCCGCCGCCGCAAGAGGCUCAGUCACAAGGCAGCGGCGCCCCCGUCCUUACAGCCCGAGGAAAACGCCCCCAAUGCAGCGGCCGCAGCCGCUGCGGCAGCUGUGGUAGCUGCUCACCCGGCCGGCGCCGCCCGCCUGCUGCUGCCGCCGCCGCCUCCUCCUCCUCCUCCACCACCUCCUCCUCCUCCCCUGACCUCGGUGGGCCGUGUCCCCGGCAGCGGCGGUACAGGCUCAGCGUCUUCUUCUUCCACCUCCUCCUCGUCCCUGUCUCCGUCCUCCUAUUCCUCAGCCUGCAAGGAAGAAAACACGAGCCCCGCGCGCAAAUUUUCCAGCUCCUUUGCCAUAGACAGCAUUCUCAGCAAACCCUUCCGCCGCGGUGGAGACCAGGGCACAGAGACUCGCUCUUACUCCCAACCCUCGAGGCUACUGUGGUCCGCCGCAGCCGCCGCCGGCACUUCUUCCUUACCGGGCUCUGCUGGAUACCAGACCUUAACUGCCUUCUCUGCAGCCCCGCACCCCCAGCAGCAGUCCCCGCUGUUCCCCAGGGGAGGUGCUCGGGCUGCCGCUACAGGCGGGACUCUGUUGCAGCUAUACGCAUACGGAAUGGGCGAACCCGUUCUCCUGGAGACUAGAAGGAGGGAGACGCCUCUGGCUCCGGCUUCCGAGCCUCGUACAGAGCACAUCCAAGCGCCACAGCUUUUCCUCUCACCUUCCUUCUCCCCUGAAGCCCAGGCCAAGGCGUUCCGAAGCCCGCUGAUUGCGGGCAGUUCACAGUUGUACUGCCCCCUCCGAUUAUCCGGAGCCUUACAAGCAGCCUCGGGAUGCGGCCCCAACACUUACCAACCUUACCCCAUGGAGACUCUUCUCGCCUAAAUGGGAAAUUGUGGAGUGAGAGAAGGUGGUGGUUUCUGAGUUGAGGAAUGGGAGGGGGAGAAAAGAGAAAAUCUGAGCUCUGGGUUUUGCUCUCUACCCAGAAAUUUAACAAAAACAAAAACAAAACAAACAAAAACCCUGAAUUUCACGUGCCUUAAAGCCAAAUGCAUUUUCAACAGAUGUUUUUUACUUAAUUAGUCCAAAAGACUGUUUUAUUUUGUCAUUUAAUGGUCCAAAGCGAAUCUUAAUCAUUGCUUUAAACUACUUGACUUUUCCUCUCUUCUUUACCCAGAACCCCUUCAAUUCUAACCCCUUUAUAAUUAAUUCUCCCGUGAUUUUUCCUAGGCAAAAGAAAUUUGCAACUUGAUCAGGGAACAAUUCCAUAAAAUAUAUGAUGAGACUACUGUUUGGGGAACAUAGGGCCCCACUCUGUGUAUGUAUGGUUGCAUUUGCUGGUGUGUUUGUGUGUGAGAAUGUCAGAGUUUUUAGGUCAGUUCUCUGCUAUAAACCAAUGCAUCACUGUGCCAAAAGAACGAAAACUGCAUAACUGUAACUGAAUUUGUUGAUGGAUUUUCUAGUUAAAUUAUUUAUAUUAAAAAAAACUUUUUAAUUGAAAAUAUUGCAGGUAAUGGGCUACAGCUUUAUCUGUAGUUCAGUGAUAUCUAACUGUAGCCCUUUUGGGACUAAAUAGUUCUUUACAAAAUUAGCAUUAUAAAUUAUGUUGAGUGCCAGGGCCACUGCCCCUGAAAAGCAGGUGUGGUUUUUAUUUUUAAUGUUAUUUUAUUUGUAUCUGUGUACAUACACUGUGUAAAUUUUAUAAAAGUCAGGCAUAUGCUUAUUUUUUAAUAAAAUUCACAAAACAACAGACUACGUAUGGUGUGUAUAUCUAAAGUACCAGAGAUUGUUUAGGUCAAGUGAUGAGAUCCUACCCUGUUCUGGAAUAAGGAAAACCCAGAGUUUUAGGGGAUACAUUUCUAGUGUAGUCCUGCCUUCUUCAAAUGAGAAGCUUUCAGGUUAUUCAGAGUUUUAAAAGGCUUUAUAUUCUUUAACUCUCUGUUUCCUCCACACACACACACACACACACACACACACAUACUCAGAAAUACAUUCCAAGUUGUGUGUCCCAAAACAAGGAAUGUUUUGCCUGGGAUCAUGAGCCUUUAAGCCAACUCAUAUCUAAUGGGGAAGUUACUAUUAUACCUCUUAGAAUAAUCCUUCACUCCCCAUCCCUCCCCUCCAAAACCUAAAAGAAUUGUAGUGUGUCUAGGUCCCAACACACUGAAG